UCAGCGCGAACGCGAAACGGCCGCCGCUACCGCUGCCACUGCUGCUGCUGCUGCUGACCGCUACCGCAGCACUCGGGUCGGGGCUGCUUUGAGUGUGUGCGUGUGUGGUGUGGUGUGUGUGUGUGCAGCGACCAGAGCACCUUCUCUUGACGCCAGUGAAUUUUUGUACCGCAUCACGUAUGUGUCAAGCGCACCGACCGACCGGCGUAUGUUGACGGCCACGGUCACUGUUCUACCGCGCGGUGGUGCUUUUCGUCGGGCUUGUUCCGGGGCAUGGAUCCCGUGAUUGCCUGGUAUCAACCUGAGCAGGAAGGACCCGCUCGCCAACUGUGGUCUCGCAUUGCAGAAACCCGCUGCGUUCCAAUGACGGACAACAACAGUAACACCAAGGCGACCAAGGCCCAGGAGUUUAUCCCCAUAGACAGCUCGUGCCCCGACGACAGGACCACCCCGUCACACCACCCGCCCCGCAAGAAACUGGACAACCGCGCCAGCACCUUUAACCUUAAUCUUGACCAUGCCAACCUCAUCGGGAAGCACGGGGGGUGUCCGUGGAGGGAGCUGCGCUCCAAAUAUGACAGAGGAGUCGUCGGAUUACACCAAGAAAUUGAAGACUUCCACAAAUACAUUAGCCCGACUCCUGAAGAAACGUAUGUGAGGAAUAUGGUUGUCACUAAAAUGAAGAAAUUAAUCAAAGAAUUAUGGCCUGCUGCUAGACUACAAAUUUUUGGUAGCUUUCGCACAGGUCUUUACUUGCCAACUAGUGACAUUGAUUUAGUUGUGAUUGGCAAGUGGAAUGUAAACAACUAUGAAAGACUUCCUUUGAGGACUCUGGAGCAAGCAAUUUAUCAACACAACUUGGCCGAGCCUGGAUCAGUUAAGGUGUUGGACAAAGCCUCUGUACCCAUUGUGAAGUUUACAGAGAGGCUAUCAGAUGUAAGAGUGGAUGUGAGCUUCAAUAUGAGUAAUGGAGUCAAGUCAGCAGAACUUAUAAAGAAAUUUAAACUCCGCUAUCCAGUACUGUAUAGUCUGGUACUUGUCUUAAAGCAAUUCCUUCUACAGAGAGACUUAAAUGAGGUGUUCACUGGUGGAAUAUCCUCUUACAGUUUAAUUCUAAUGACAAUCAGCUUUUUACAGCUUCACCCUAGACAAUCUGCACUGACACCCGGAGCUAACUUGGGAAUCCUACUUAUAGAGUUUCUGGAACUUUAUGGUAAAAAGUUCAAUUACAUGAAAACUGCUAUAAGAGUCAGUGAGGGUGGUAGCUACAUAUCUAAAGAAGAGGUUCAACAAAAUAUGAAGGAUGGCUAUCGACCAUCUUUACUAUGUAUUGAAGAUCCUCUAAAUAUUACAAAUGACAUUGGACGAAGCUCUCAUGGAGCACUUUAUGUCAAACAGGCCUUUGAAUAUGCUUAUAUUGUGCUCACUCAGGCUGUAAAUCCCCUUAACUCUUACCUGUAUGAUCCAAAUAAAGUCAGUAUAUUGGGAAGAAUCAUACGAGUGACAGAUAGUGUGAUAGAUUAUCGCCGGUCUCUGAAGGAGUCAUUUCCUGUUUCACUGCAUCCGGAGAUGUUGCUGAAUGGUAGUGGUUCUUCUGAUGGUGAAAAUGAAGAGGAGCCAGACACAAGUCCUGAUUCAAGUGCUCCUGGAUCAGACUCGGUGAGAUGGACUCCUCCUCUUCGAGAGGGGACAGUGGUGUCAACACCAAUACCAUGGUCAGCCAUCCUCCGUGGCACCAUAACUCGUUCUUCCACCGCGCGGGUCGCGGAGGCAGCGGGGGCACGCCGGCCAACAACAAACACCGUCGGUACUCCGACAAUGGAAAUCCAGGAGCACAGAACGGCCGGGGAGGCAUGCACCACAGGCAAGGAAGGGGUGGAGGUCACGGACACGGACGCGGCCGAACUUUCAGCAGUAGGAAGCGUCGGAAAAGUAGGGAAAUCGAUCCUCAAGUCAACUUGUGACACUCACACGCUGUAGGUUAAAACUGUUUGCGCUGUUAAACUUCGGAAUAUGUUGCUAUAUUCUGGUUUAAACUUAUAAUGUUGACCUGAUUGUGUGUUUCUGGGAAGCACUGGUCCAACACUCAGCUGAGUGUGGUUUGCUGUUGCACUGGGACUCCCAUUCAUUCUACCUUCCCACUUUGUUCCGUGUCCUUCCAGCCAGCGGAGUUGCCAAUGAUAACCUCUGUUGCUUUCCAGCGUGUCAACUAUGAUUUGGCUGGUAUGAUUCCGUUGUCCUAUUCCACAUUCGUGUUUGUUUUACUAAUGGAUGUGUGGCAUUUGAAUUUUAAUCCCCCUAUUUUAUAGUGUUACCCAGAGGCAGCCUGUCUCAUUUGUUGCCGUAUUGACCCUAGUACUUUGAAGUGGUGUCCUCAUGUAGAAAAGUAACGUUAGGGACUAAAUAGGGUUUGUUAAUGAUUACAUGCAUAAUUGGAGUUGCGUGCUUCUGUGAUUCCACUUUUUUUUCUUUAUCUUCUUUUUUUUAAAUGAAUCUUUCAAGGUUAAUAAUGACUCCAAGUAAUUUAAGUUGGUUACAUCUCAGAGGGGGACGCCUCUGGAAAAUGAAAGUGUUCCAUUUUUGGUACAAAUUUUGAAAUGCUGGUUUCUGUUUUAAGACAACACUACUUUUGUGCCAAGCACAUUUUUGCUUGAGGCCGUGUCAUUGUGUCUUCAACUAAUAAGCUAUAGCAUCUAAACAUGUGACCGUAUGGGUGAUACUGUAUCUACCUUAGUAAAUUUUUGUAUGUAUAACAGACUACCAAAGAAGAGACAUUGCACGUCUUUGAGAGAGACCCACAGUUUGUUAUAUUGUGGUUACUUGUUUCCUAUUACAUUUGUAGCCAUAUUGCACUGUUGAAUUCAAGGUCGAAGUUGGUAUGGUUUUUAACUACUUAUCUUUUCUAUACAGAUUUUAUCAUUUAUGGAAGAUAUAUUUUUCCUAUGCUUGUUAUUUAAAUUAUUGCCGUAACUGCUGUGUUCCUAAAUAAUUUGUUAUUUCGCAGUUCCAGUACAGCAACUAGGACCCUUGGCUAUUGUCACUUUGUUAACUGGUGUGGAGUUUAAAAUUUCUGUGUUCAUCAGAGGAAAUGUUUCUAAAAUGACGAAUGUGUUCUGCUAAAAUGUGAUAAUUUUUAGGACUUUUUCAUUACUUGGAUGUAGUUGUAGAAUUUCUAACUUUUUAUCAAGCCUCAGGGUGCAUUUUUUGAUAAAUUUACAGUCUAUGAAUUCCUUGUGGGUAAAGAACAUACUAAAGCUCAGCUACAUACAGUCAUAUUUUACAAAAUGUUGGUUAUCAAUCCUCAAUUUCUUCCAAUUUUUUGGCUUGUUGCUGCAGUAAUGCCUUUUCAAUGAAGUCAUUUCAUGACAUUUGUCAUACUUCCAUCAGUGACAUCCUAUCCUAUAUAUUAUUAUUAAAGACAUCUCAGUUUUGGGAAAAUGAGAAUGUUUGAGAUUUUGUGUGCUCAUAUUUUUAUAGUCAUCUCCAUUAUAGACCUUCCCCAGAUUGUGCUCAAGUAUGAUGACAUAGGAUUUUUCUUUACUGUUCCUGUUUGAUUGUGUAAUAUUGUCGUCUCACAGGGUGUGUUAGUCAUUUACCUCAGGCCAGUAUCAAUCAUGAUUAUCACUAAUUUGUUGGGCAUUAGUAGUAAGCGUGCUUUUGAAAUUUUGAAAAACUUGUGGGUUUUUUAAAUGAUAUGGCAAUAAUUGUGCUAAAAAUUGAUACCGGUAUCAUUAUAGACUUCUGUACAAAUUGCUUGUAACUUUUGUGAUUUUGCAGACUGCUUCAGAUAUGAAACAAGAUGUGCAUUCAUGUGGUUUGUGCAUUGUAGUGCUUCAGUGCUGGAAUUUUUCUCUUGGCGUGUGUUGUAUUGUCUGAAGCUUUCUGCUUGUUUUUUGAUCUAGCUUUCAUGAAUUUAGAGAAUUAAGUUAUUGUCAGGUAUACUGACUAAACAUUUGCAAUAAUAUGACUUUAUCCAACAGUGGUGUUACAGUUAAAGAAGUCUGAGUAUUUAUUGGUACUUAACAUCAUUUGUUUUAGGUUACUUUUAUUCUCAGGUAGGAUUAAUUUUUGAAACUUGAUGGGCAUAGCUUGCAAGCUGUUAACAUAGAAUUUCAGAAAAAGCAUCCAACAACUUUUUGAUAGCUCAUAUUUGCCAAGUAUUGCUUUCCCAGUUAACAGUUGUGGUCAAGAGAUGCCUUUCAUUUUGAAAUGCCAAUAUCUUUUCGUAUCCAUGAUAGGCCCUGUCAGGUUCAAAUCCAAAUUAAUUGUGAGCAUUGUAAUCCUAUCAUUGAAUGAAUCCUGGUGUUUCUUCCCUUGAGGGUGUAAUUUGGAUUAGUUCUUGAACUCAUUCAAGAAUGAGCUUCUUUCUUCUGCAGUUGCUCUCUGGAAGCCUUGUAAACUCUCUACACUUAAUGUUUUCAGUUUUGUCACAUGCUUAAUUAACUAUUAAUGGUUAUUUCAGGUUUCCUGUAAUUUUUUUGUGUUACCAUUUGUUGAUGGUUAAAUUUCUUCAGAUGAUAUAUGAUCUUAUGGUAAAUGGAGAGUUGGGAUGUAUAAGAAGUAUUAUUGCACAUGGUGUUUGUUAUGAACUUUCAAGUAUCCGUUCAGUGUAAAGAUUUACUUCUCUCAGAACAAAUCAUGAACCUUUACUUUUUUGUAUGUACUUUAUAUUCAUGAAUCUUUAAUCUUUGCUAAAUUGUGUA